GGGGAGGCUGGCUCAACCAGGACGGGUAGCCAGGCCGCGGCGAGUGGCCUUGCUUAGCCCGGGGGCUGGGCAAGUGGACGAGCGGAGCGGCCGGAGGCGAGUAGGAGGCCGCGGAAAGCUAGGUGACGAGGGGUUGACCCCGGCUGCGGGUGCCAGGGAGUGCGACCGUCCCCUCCGCCUUAGCGGGCUUGUCCGCUGCUUUCCAGUUUCCUUGACAACGACGCCUGGCGCGGGGCGGAGCGAGGCGGGGCUAACCGGAGAAACAGAGCUCCUCUGAGCUAGCAGUUCCUCUUUCCUCGACGGACCAAGCCUUUCCUCCACCCUACCGCCUUGCGCACCUAGGGAUGCUGAGUCUUGAGUGUCCCCUUCACGUGCGUCAUUCUGUGCCCUACCGCCAAAGCCCCUGUUAUUAACCAUCCUCUGGUGCGUAUACCAAAAGCGUCCCCACCUGCGGCUCCCAAGUCAGGACCGCCGAGCACACGUCCUUGCUGACCACAUUGGGAGGCCUACAGCCCCCUACUCACUCCCUGCUGCUGCUCUGGUACCGUUAGCUGAUCUGCCUGGUCCGCUAGGUCGUCACCCCGCAGUCCUAAAGUCCCUUUGUCCCCUGAGGGCUGAGCAUCUUUGUUUAGGGUGAGAUUCGAAGGGUGGGGCUGAGCCAACGACUGGAUUGUAGAAACUCAAUUAUGACUUACAAAACCACCUGAAUAAUGGAUCGUGAUCAUAAACCUCCAACUUUUAAGGAUUUAUUUUAUUUUUAGUUAUAUGUAUGUGUGUGAAGGUGGGCAUGUGUACUCUAGUACAGGUACCAGUGGACACCAGAGACAUAGGCUCUCCCCAAGAAACCUGGUCCUCUACAAGAGCAGUAAAGGACACUUGUAACUUCUGGACCAUCUCAUCCCUUUUUUCAGUGCUGGGGAUUGGACUCAUGCUCAUAUAUGCUAGACAAAUGUUCUAUCAAAUGGGUUCAUGCCAGCCCUUAACUUUGUUUUUUCGAGACAGGGUUCAGGGUUCCUCUGUAUAAUGUUGGCUGCCCUGGACUCUCUUUGUAGACCAGACUGGCCUGGAACCCACAGAGAUCUGCCGGCCUCUGCCUCCCCAGUGCUGGGACUAAAGGCAGCACCACCACACCUGGCUCUUCCCUGAACUUUGAUUCAACUUCUUUUUUGCCAUUUACCAACCUCUCUAAGCAUAUGAAAUGGAGACAGUAGUGUUUGUGUUAUAUAAGAUACAUAUAUAAUAUCUUCGUGUCCUAUGUAUUGUAUAUCUACACAUAUAUCAUUUGUAUCAGUAUAUGCACCUCUGUGUUCAUAUGCAUUUGUUAUUAAGCACGUCACAUAUAUAUAUAUAAGCAGACACCAUGCUCUUGUGCGCUCAUCACUGCACACACCCACACAUACCAAGUAACAUUAGCUUGAAGAACCAGAAGGAAAUGGGUGGAAAAUGGAAUUCUGCCGGUGUAUUUUCAUCUUCAGCUGAUCAAGACUUUGGAAGAGCUACCAGUGCUCAUUUGUCCUCAGACACCUGGACAUUGCCACCUCACCCUGUGUGCUCCACAGGGCUCCUCAGAUGAUGGCAUUCAAAGAGAGCAUCCUUUGAGUCCUGGCCCCAUGACAUCCAAAGAAAAAGCUAUGGUGUCCUUACCAGUUUCUCCCUGGGAUGCCAUCCUUAAGGCUGCCAAAGACCAGCUGCCAUCCCUGGAUUCAGACUCCUCCUCGUCUGACGGUGAAGAAGAAGAGCCCUUCAUCUUUCAGCGAAACCAGCCUCUCCUGAUUCCAGACCUGGCUGAGGAGCUGGCUGAAGACUCUAUUGGUGUUGAUGAGUCUGGAAUCUGGUUUGCUGUAGGGAGUUCUUCACCUGAGCCACUUCUGGUUCCUGAGAGACUAGCCAUAGAACCCAGAAGGGAACAGGAGGUAAGACAGAAGGACGUGGCUGCUCUGGAAAGAAGAGUCUCUGGCUGGUCUUGCCAGAGCUGUGUCAAGAGCAGCCCUAUUGUUGUGGAUGCUGAGGAGGUACUCCCGUGGCUGGAAGGCAACCUUAGAAGUCUGCCUAACCCCAAAGGGUCCCAGAGUCCUCCAUGGCCAUCCCAGGGAAAAGAAGCCACCUUUCCUUUGGAAGGAGAGCUGAAGACAGAGCACUCAAAUAUGGAUUUUAGAAACUCUGCAAAGCGCAGAGCCCUCCGCAAGGAGAGGAGGAAGAUGAUAGAGAGAGAUAUCCUUCAGAAAGUGACCCAGGCUGCCCCGAGCCCAGCCUCUGGUGACCAACGCCAGGCUGCAAAGUCAGGACCGUGGCCGGAAGCGACCUCAGAGCAGUCUCAGGAAGGAAGGCCAGUACUCUCACUCAAGUAUCUUGAAGGCUGGGAUUUGGAUUACAUCCUUCAGAGCCUGCCAGGGCGGCAAGACAGCCAGGGAGACAGUGAACCUAGGACUGCAUGGUGGCUAGCCGACCGCUGGCAAGAUCAAGGGCACACCGCUGCACUUUCCCAGGACACACUCUUGGAGCAGCUGGCCCUCCUGUGUGCCACUCAGUCCAGAGGCCGAAAACCUACCUGGAAGUUGUCUGCUGACAAGCUCCAAGACACAGAAGAGCAGAAAGCCAGAAGCAGCUCUGAAUACAGCUCCUCUGACAGUGAGGAGGAGGAAGUGGAGACAGCAGGCUCAGUUCAGGCGGCAUCUUCCAGGGAACAAAGGGACUGUACCGGGAAGAGCCAGCUUCUCCAGCAGCUGAGGGCAUUUCGGAAGGGGGCUAUUCCACCCCAGCUGUCUGCUAGUGCCAGUCCUGGAGGCCAGAAGGUUCAGGCUACGGAAGAUACAGCUGGAUCACACACUGGGGUGAAGAAACACGUAAAACUCUGGGCUGAGAAGCGGAACGCCCUGGAUGUAGGGGACCCUCUGGGGAAAUAGCCAUCCAGAGAGGUGCUGCCACCUGCUGUGGGCCAGCUGUGGCCACUCAGGUAGAGGACCUGAAAAGCAGGCAGCAGACUUCCUCCACACCAAGCCCUCAGGUCCCUCCACAGUCCACCUGUUUCUAAUAGCAUGGGCCUCCAGGGCGCCACCCUCAUUCUAGGCCCUACCCAGCCAGUUUAAACAUAUUUAAACUUCUUUUUUGUUGUGAUGCUGGGAACUGCAUCCAGGGCCUCGUGCAUACUAGGAGUUACUCUAGCACUAAGUUUAUACCUCAGUUUCUAUCCUUAAACAUAUUUAUAGUUUCCUAUAGAAACUUUCCCCAGGCCCCUGGAUCCCUGGAAUUUCAUGUACCUAUGUUGAAAUAUAUGCCUACAUCCAUGCAGAUCUGAUGGGGUUUUUGAAAAGGGGGCAACAACUGAAAUUUGCUUUCUCUCUUUAACCAAGACACAAAAGCAUACUCAGGUUCCAGGUCACUCCAAAUUGAAGGUGGCACUGAUCUUUGCUAGUCUGGAUGGAAUACUAUACUUCCUGGGAGUUCCAACCCCGGAAGGCACACUGUGUGAAAUGCAAUGGUACCCACUCUCCCUCCUUGGUACCCAAAUGAAAGCUGUGUGAGCCAAGGCCUGGCUUCCUACACUUGGUUACUUGCAAGACUUAGCCCCUCCCCAUCCCCAUUACCCAGCAGACUCCAUCUUUAGGGUCUUUUUGUACCUGCCUUCUCAGCUCCUUUGAUCUCCUACCACCUCACCUCCCAAGAGCCUGUCCCUGACUGCUCCAUGGAAGAGCAAGACAGGGCUCAGAUGGCAUAACCGGAUACUUGGCAUCUGACAAAUGUUUUAGUAUUCAGCUGGGAGCACUGCCACUGCCCUGAGGCACACAAAGGACAAGCCCUGUGGCAGGAUCACAGACAGCAGUCACUGGUAGCCAGCAUCAAGCCCACAGGAUCCUGAUCCACAAACCCUGUUUGAUAUGACCACAGGGGACACCACCACGAGUCCUAAAACAUGUCCUUUAGAAGGCACAUGCUAGCCAGGCCUCCACCAGGGCCACAGGCAGCCUCCUGUAAGUGGGAGCCAGGAUGCCCUGUCCACAUGCAGAGGUCUCUUGCUUAAACUCCAGGGCAGCAUGCCCCACCGUCUGCCCAGCAGCCUCUACUUCAAGAGCAAAGGUGCACUCUGUUCCUGAACCCACUUUCUCCCAGCUCCACUCCUCUCCAUGUUAGAAAGCUUGUUGGCAGAUGACUCAGAGUGACAGAAAGUAUAAACUACUACAGUUUCAACUGUGCCUGUGAAUCACUGGUUUUCCAGGAAGGUUGGAGGGUGGUAAUAGACAACCAGAUGGGUCCGAAGAGAUCUACUACUUGGGGCAAAGUCCAUCAUGCCUUAGAAGAUCAUUCAGGAGUUCAAAGGUGCUGAGAAAGCAAGUACAGAAGGAUUCUAAAGGUGGGGUGGGGGGGGUUAUAAAACUGAGGAUCACCUCAUAGGAUCAGAUACAGUGUCAUCAUGGUUCAUACUUGAUACCCAAACCCCUCAGGUUUCUUCAUUAGGAAUAAUAAGGCCAUGAGGUAGAGACCAGAUCGGGCAGAAAGGGCCCCAAGGGGUGUGGGGACAAGGAAGGGUUCCACAUGAGAAACCCAAGACAUGGCCCACGCACACCAAUUGUCCCUUCCAGCACCACAGAGACAGGAACCUAAGGAUGGGCUGCAUGGGCUCUGCUAGCUCAUGGGCAGAGGGCCUGGCUACCUCUGUUGUUUCCAUGUGCACCCUUACAGCUCUUACAGCUAGUCUUAGAGGUCAGGACAAGGGCUGAAAUUUAUUAUGUGAACAAAGAAAAAGCAAAUAACAAGUCUGGGUUCGGGGCUGGAGAGAUGGCUUUGUAAAAGAGCACUGUCUGUCCUUCCAAAGGACCCGGGUUCAAUUCCCAGCACCAAAAUGGCAGCUCACAACUGUCUUUAAAGCCAGUUCCAAGGCAUCUGACAUCGUCACA